CAAACUCAGUUUUAGUACACACUUAUCUAAGAAUUUUCAUUUAAGAGUGUUGUAUCAUAAUGUCUUAUUUUUAAAUUAAAUAGCCUGUAGGUAUUUAAAUAAUUUGGUGAACUCAGUUUCCAUACUUAGAAGUCUAAGUGCAGAAACUAAAUCUCACUAGGUCUGGAAUAAUGACACUCCAAAGAUGCCUUUAUCAAGUUUCAAAACAGUUAAUAUCACAGAGAUUUAUUCCUCAACCGAGUGUUAGGCAGGUGUUUUGUAAAAUCAGCAGCUGUAAAUACAGUACUAAUGCAGAAAAAAAGUACUCAGAUCGUCAUGAAUGGGUUCUUGUUGACAAAGAAAAUAUUGGAACAGUAGGAAUAAGUAAAUAUGCUCAAGAAUCUCUUGGUGAUGUUGUGUUUGCCCAGUUACCUGAUCCGGGAAUGCAAUUAAAUGCUGGUGAUGAAUGUGGGGCUCUAGAAAGUGUUAAAGCUGCUAGUGAAAUAUACUCUCCAGUCAGUGGUACUGUUACAGAGAAGAAUAAGGAGGUUGAAAAGAAACCUGGGCUUAUAAAUAGUUCUUACUAUGAUAAAGGAUGGCUAUUUAAACUUAAACUUUCAAAACCAGAACAAUUAAAUAAUCUAAUGACUGAGAAGCAAUAUGAAGAAUUUCUGAAAACUGAUGUUGACAAAGAUCACACUUAAAAUAUAUGUUACUAAAUACCUUAACUUAUUAAAUUAAAAAUUUUGUUAUAUAGUUUAGCUGUUAUGAAAAUAAUUUCAAUUGCUGUUUUUGAUGAGUAAACUUUUACUUGGUCAGUGUUUUGUAUAUAGUGAAAGGUUUAAUAAAUAAUGUAAGCUGAAUAAACAAUUCCCAAUGCGAUUUUA